AUGGCCGGUAACGCUGAGUUUACCCAUCGUCGUUCUGCUUCGGCUGUGUCUUCAGUUGAUGGGGACCCCUCCAACGACGGCACCGCGAGCGAGUCUGCCAGCACCGUCCCUACUGCUAGGUCAACACCCUUCAUCGGCCCUCAGAACCACCCUGGCAUUCCUACUCAGCACCAUCCAGCUGGUCUUGGCCAUGCCUCGAACAAUGAUGAUGUCCCUGACGAUCAUACUCUCCAAGUCGACAACACUGCCUUCGCUUCACAGAUGGACGAAGUCCAGACACAGAUCAGACUGCUUGGAACGGGCGGACCAGGCCAGCACUCCAACCCCUGGGGAAGAACUCACAGAUAUCGUGCUAACCUGACUGAGCCAAUUCGUACUGACGGAGUCGACCCCAACGAGCUCCACGCCAUCGAAGCCGACCUCAUGUUUGCCGAAUACUACUACCACUACGAUCCAGCCGACGGUCCUUUUCCUGCAUCCAAUACUGCUGCCGCGAUCCAAGCUGCUGCAAGCGAAUAUGAUGACAGAUCCCAGUAUCGUUACUGUCACGAGCCUGAUGUCGAGAGCGACACCGAAUCAAACAACGAGGCCAUCAUGGCUUCUUACGAAACGCCAUUGAGAUCUCGCUUCCAGGGCCCUACCUCGUACCAUGACUUUGCUUCUGCAUGCUUCGACAGACCCGCUCGUCCAGGCACCUUUGCAGGCAUGGCCGUCCGCGAUCCCAGUCUGCCCGUCUUGGCUGUUCCCAUCAUGCGCUCGGGUCCUCGUCUCACUGCCGAUACCACCGCCGAGAUAAGAGCCAACCUCCACACCCACUCACACAGAAGAGCUGCUUCUGCUUCGCCCACCAUCACACCAAAUGAGACCGACACCAACCUUGCCGCAGUGGUUCGUACUAUCCAGGCCAGACCCACUUCAGCCUCUGCAAUGGCUCUGUCCCAGGAAGUCGGAGCGGAUGUGGUCUCAGCUAGCACUGAUACUCCCACGGAGUCGCCUGUCUUUCCAGCCAAUUGGGUCACUCUUACCAGAACUUCUAGCAUUCCUUCACUCCAGCAACCUGUUACUCCUAGCAGAGCAACCUCGCGCAGACACAACGUUCACUACACCACUUCGCCUGUCUCUAACCGCUACACCGAAGAUGAUGAUGGCGAUGUUUGA